CGUCUCGACGUCUCUCACUACACGUGCCUCCUUAUUGACUACUGCCCCGCCGGCGACCUUCACUCUCUCCUCCGCAAACAGCCUAAUUAUCGCUUCUCCGUCGCGGCGGCUAGAUUCUUCGCUGCCGAGGUUCUGGUGGCGCUCGAGUACCUUCACGCGCUUGGGAUCGUGUACCGCGAUCUCAAGCCUGAGAACGUUCUUUUGCGUGAGGAUGGACACGUCAUGCUCUCUGAUUUCGACUUAUGUUUUAAGUCCGAAGUGGUCCCCACUUUUCAUACGUGGACUCAACCGGGACCACAGAGUACUAGCUGCUUUGGGUGGAGGACGGCGGCAGCGGAAUCGCAGGAGAUUGUCGGGGAGUUUGUGGCGGAGCCGACGACAGCGUUUUCUAAAUCGUGCGUGGGGACUCAUGAGUACUUAGCGCCAGAGUUGGUGACCGGCGGUGGUCACGGCAACGGCGUUGACUGGUGGGCGUUUGGGGUGUUUGUUUACGAGCUGCUACACGGAACGACGCCGUUUAAGGGAGUGAACAAAGAGGGUACAUUAAGGAACAUAGCAUCGUCGGAGGCGGUGAAGUUCCGGGCGGCGGUGGAGGAAGAGGGGAUGGCGGAGGCGAGAGAUCUGGUAGAGAGGCUGCUGGUGAAGGAUCCAGCGAGACGGUUGGGUUCCGGAAAAGGGGCGACGGAGAUCAAACGGCAUCCGUUCUUUGACGGGAUAAAGUGGCCGUUGAUCAGAACGUAUCGGGCGCCGGAGGUGUAUGGGCUGAUGAGAAAAGCCAGAUCCCACGUGAGCCACGUGACUGGAGUCAGCCACCGCAUGCGGCGGCGGGGAUGGUGGAACUGGAGGAAGCUCAGCAAUGGUUUAUUUAAAAAUGGAAAUGCCAGUAAAUCUCAUACCAAUAACAAUUAUUAUAGUUAUAGCUCUAAAUAUUAGACGGAUUAAAUUCAAAACU